AUGUCGCACGUUGCUGCGUGGCUCAAGCGGCAGAAGGAAGAGGAGUUGGCCAAGGAGAAGGAACGUCUUGAGACUUCCAGGAUAUACGCGGAGUAUGUCCGAGAUUUCGAAGGUUCCGGCGCUCCUGCACCGGCCCCUGCAGCUGCGCCUGUCCUCUUCGUGAAAAGCGGCGAAUCCGCAGCCAAACCAUCGGAAACGACGCGCUCAAGUCUAGCAGCUUCCGGAAUCUUCGACAGCCAGGAGGCGGAAAAGGCGCUGCAACGCCGCGCCCGCGAUCCUAAGUCGUCAUCUGGUCUGCCUGAUGCUGCCGUCUACAGCGGCGGUGUGGAUGCGAGGCGCAACUCGGCCCCCGAUGCCUCCUGUACCAUAUAUGUUGGCAACUUGCCACCUUCGGUAACUGAAGAUGACUUGGAACGCAAAUUCGGCCGUUGCGGGCGGAUCAAUCGCAUAAGGCUUAUGCGCGGCAACUCCUCUGACCGUCCGAAGCAGUGUUACGCAUUCGUGACCUUUUCGCACCCAUCCCAUGCGCAAUGGGCUAAGGACUCACUAGAUGGCGCAGAAAUACUGGGAUAUCGUUGCAGGGUGGGGUGGUCACACCAGAGUGGCGGAUGGUCACCGACCCAGGGCUCACCUCCGGUGGCGUAUGUUGAACCCGUAGAGGGCAGUGUCUCCCCCAUAUCAUCUUCUUCCAAGCUGCCAACUCUGCUAGCCGAUUCGCGCGGAGUUACCGUCGAGUUCCCAUCAUCACCGCUUAAACGUGCGGUGAUCGACCUGAUGGCUCGCUACGUCGUCGAGGGCGGCGCAGAAUUCGAGGCCAUGAUUAUGUCAAACGAGUCUGAGGAAGGCCUUUUCAACUUCCUCUUCAACCAAAGCUCUCCCGAGCAUGUAUACUACCGUUGGAAGGUGUACUCGCUUCUCCGGGGUGAUACUGAUAAGGAGUGGCGUAUAGAACCUUUCCAGGUGGUUAAUGGUGGUUUGUGGUGGUAUCCACCUGUUGAAAAGGCCGACGCACCACCGGCGCCGCCGACGCCCACAGUGCCGCCUCUUCUCGGUGCAGAUACAGCGAUGACGAUGUCGCACAGCGGCCGAUCCCCCAUGCUUGACUCCGAUCUCAGCCGUUUGGAGAAGCUGCUGCGCGAUUGCACCACUACCCGGGGGAGCGUGGCCGAGGCCAUGAUGUUCAUCAUCAACCACGGCGAGUCUGCGUACCAGGUUACCGACUACCUCGUGAACUCCAUUUUGGAGGACACGCCGACGGUUGACAAGAAGAUAAGUCGCCUGUACAUUCUGAGCGAUGUACUGUACAACACGUCCGCGUCUAAUAAGUUCGCGUGGUUGUAUCGAACGACUUUUGAGAAGCGUAUUCCCGAGGUGUUCGCCCACUUUCGCGAGUUCAUGAAGACCUCCAGCAGCAAAAUUGCAGUGCAGCAGCUGAUGGACUGUGUUACUCGUAUGUUGCCUGCGUGGCAUCAGUGGAAUGCAUACCCAACGGAGUACAUCUACGGUCUAGAAUCUGCCCUAUGGGGACCUGAUUUCGAAUCUUUCACCACGAUGCCACAAUUUGAGGAGCACCGAGCAGCACUUGACUCAACGUACGACGGGGAGAAGAUGGAGUACUUCGACGUCUUAUCUAGGUUCCCGCUGAAGUGGCGCGAGACGGCUUACCGCUACCUGCUUAUGCGCAUCAAGAAGCUGAAGCAACUGUGCUUGAUCCGUGGGCUGCUGACCAUCCCCGGGGACAGGCCAUCUCUGGUCACCCGCCUUGUAAUCAACGACAUAUACGUGGAAGCCAGGGAGGCGGAGAUAAAGGAGAUCGAGCUUGCUGAAUGUGAAGGUGUUCAUGAAGGUGAUAACGGUUCCCCCCAAAAUCUCUCCCCUUACGAGGGGGACACUAUGGAUGUCGCCUCUGGCGAAUACGAUAUGCACCAACUGCAAGACGCCGCCAAAUCACCAGAGAAACCGGAUAUAAGAGACGGUGAUGUGGCUUCCGACGAAUGUAGUGACAUGGAAUCAGCGUCCGACGGCGAGGGACCUGAGGGCGCCGCAUCUGAUCCAGACGACCACAUGGACACGAGCUCCGACGUGGUUGGACCCGAGCUUGACAAUGGGGCCUCCAUUGUCGCUAACCAAAAAACACCCGAGGCUGCGACUGAAGACGGCGCAGAGCCCGGUGCAGCUUUACCGUCACCGCCUGAGGCGGAUCCGGACGACAUAGAGGACAUGUUCGCCGCCGACAACUAG